AUGGCGCAACCAAAACGCCUAGACCAGGAGGAAGAGGUCGUUCCGGCGAUCCGUCACGAGGAUGCCGAAUGGAAGGUGAUCCAACAGAACACAUUCACCCGAUGGGUCAACAAUCAUCUUCAGAAGGCGGGCGAAUCGAUUGGAAGUCUGGAGACGGAAUUCUCCGAUGGACUGAAACUGAUUGCGUUGGCACAGGUUCUCUCGCAAAAGCAGGUCGGAAAGUUCAACAAGAAGGUGGCGUUCCGCUCGCAGAAGUUGGAGAACGUCUCGUUGGCGUUGAACUUCUUCCAGAAUGAGGAGAAUAUCAAGAUUAUCAAUAUUGACAGCACACACAUUGUCGAUCACAACAAGAAGUUGAUUCUGGGCCUCGUCUGGACGUUGAUCCUUCACUACUCCAUCUCGAUGGGCUGGAUUCAGGAGAAGCGUGAGGACGGACAGGAUAAGGAGGAGACGCCGAAGCAGAAGCUCCUCAACUGGAUUCGCAAUCGUCUUCCAGGCCUUCCAAUCUCCAAUUUCACUUCGGAUUGGAACGAUGGUGUUGCACUCGGAGCACUGGUUAAUUCGAUGGCUCCAGGAGCACUGGAGGAUUGGGAGAACUGGUCGCCAAACGAGGCAUUGGAGAAUACGGAGAAGGCGAUGAAGUCGGCGCAAGACUUGUUGAAAGUGGCUCCACUGAUUGCUCCAGCUGAAAUGAUUCAUCCGGAAAUCGAUGAGAUGUCUGUUAUGACCUAUUUGUCACAGUUCCCAGCCACAAAGCCAGUGAUUGUCAAGCCGAAGGUUCAUGCGACGAUUUCUAAUCUUGAUAAGACUUUGUUGAUUAAUGAGCCGAAGGAAUUCGAUUUGAAGCUCUCCCGUGAUGGAUACAAGCCAAAGGUGUCGAUUAAGGAUGCCGAUGGACAUGAUUUGCAUUUGGGUAUGAAGAAAGUCGAUGAGCAGGCUACAAACUACAAAAUCAAGUUCACACCGACCAAAGUUGGACCACUCAACGUGGAAGUCGCUGCAACAGAUGUUCACACUUUUGAGACGCAAGCGAUCCCAGAAGCCAGUGUUACUUGUCAGGUUGUCCCAAUCGCUCGUCUUCUGGAAUACAGCAAAACCGCCAAGGUAGGAGACACCGUCAAGUUUACUGUCGCCGAUGCUAUUGAAGGACCAGUUGAGGCUAUCAUAGUGGAUCCAACUGGAAAAGAGCACCGAAUGGUGAUUCUAGAAGGAUCUGCUCCGGGAGUGCACACAUUUGAAUUCACCGUCCCAACCACCGGACUCCACUCGGUCAACGUGUUCCACAAGAAGAUUCCACUCACCGGAUCGCCAUUCCCACUUCGUGGAAAACCAAAGAACGCAUUCAAGAUAUGGGGACGUGGUAUUGCUCCAGAAGGCAUUCGCAAGAACGACGUCGUUGGUGUCCAUGUGGAAUCGUUGGAUCCAGAGGAGAACAUUGCCAACUCGAAUGCAUCGCUGGAAGUUGUUAGAAAAGACGGACGAGUUCUGCCAAUAUCCGUUGACUAUGAUGAGGAUACGUCUACGCUCAAUUUCGAAUACCAACCCAAAGAGGCUCCAGAAGACCUGGAAGUCGUCGUGAAGGUUGGCGGAGAGAAGGUGGAGUCUCACAAGGUCCACGUGGCUCCGUUGAGCUCUUCGAAGAUCAGAGCAUUCGGACCAGGACUCGAAGGAGGUAUUGUCAAUGAGCCAUGUGUGUUUGAUGUGGAGAUGAAUGGUGAGAAUAAGGAUCUCUCGUUUGCUGUUGAAGGACCAUCGAAGGCUGAAAUUGAAUGCAAUGAGAGACCAGAUGGAUCUGCAGUUCUUUCCUAUACUCCAACUGUCGCUGGAGUCUACAAAGUUGGAGUGUUGGCUGAUGGAGAACACAUUCAAGAUUCUCCAUUCGUACUUCGUGUCAAUGAUGGAGUUCCAGGAUUGAAACCAUCGGCAACACGUGUCACUGGAAUUGAUGAGUCGAAGGUGUAUUCUGUCGGCGAGAAGAUCCCAUUCCGUGUCGAUACUCGUCUUUGCGGAGUUGAUCUUGUACCGAAAGUGGAGAUCCUUGAUCCGUCGCUCGAUAAGAUUUCCUAUGGAGCUCGCGAGAUCACCCCGGGAAUCUUCGAGUACACUUUGAUCCCAGAGCACGCUGUCAAGCAUAAGAUCGACGUCAGUGUUGGUGGAGUUUCCGUGCCAGGAGCUCCGUUUUCUCUCAAGGUCAAGGAGGCAACCGAUGCAUCGAAGCUCAGAAUCUAUGGACCAGGAGUCGAAGGACCAGUGUAUUCCAAGGAACCAACUCGUUUCACAAUUGAUGCCACUCAAGCAGGCCCAGGAGCCGUAGAAGUCGCUCUCGCUGAUGAUCAUGGAGAGAAGGUGGACUUGGAUGUGUUGGAUAACCAGGAUGGUUCGUUCACAGUGAAGUACACAGCGCAGAGACCAGGAGCUUAUCAGGUGAGUAACUUACUCAACGUUGUGUUCGCCGGCGAGGAGAUCUCACCAAUUGCUAUCAACGUCAAACCGAAUGUCGACGUGUCUGGAAUCCGUGUCGAAGGACUUGAGAAUGCCGUUGUCACUGUCAACGUUGAAAAGGAGAUUCACGUAUUCACCACUGACGGAGAGAACACUCGAAUCGUGAUCACCUCCCCAUCUGGAAGAGUUGUUGAAGCGAUCAUCGAGUCAACGCCUACAGGAUUCCGAGUCCGAUUCACGCCUUCUGAAGUUGGAAACUACACAAUCGACGUCACCUAUCAAGACAUUCCGAUAGAAAAGUCCCCCUUCACACUGGAAUCUCUAGAUCCGAAUCAACCAGGAUCUUCUGAACAAGAUGAUGUGGAUAUGGAGCAAGAACCAGGAGAAUCCACUCUCGCUGAAGCUGAAUACGUUGUAUGUGGAUCUGGACCAGCGCGCGCUGACCUAGUUACGGUAUCUGGGCCAGGCUUGGGACCUCUAGUGGCUCAGAGAUCCACCUAUGUCUCUAUCGACACUACGAAUGCAGGAUUCGGAGAUAUCGAUGUGUAUGUGGAUGGACCAACACGAACACCAUUGCACUGUGUUGAUAAUCAAGAUGGAAUACUGAAAAUGUGUUUUACUCCGAAACAACCGGGGCUCUACUAUUUGAGAGUGAUGUUUGACAACGAGCAUGUGCCAGGAAGCCCAUUUCAAAUCGUCGCAGUUGCCGCUUUGCUAGGCAGUCCGUCACUUUUGGGAGCUGAGCAAAAAAGGAGCAAAACUGAAAGUCCCUAUUCGUCGAUUUCUAGUGGAUCAUCGAGUACACCCAAUCCGAAUCCUCAAGCUUGUACUUGA